GCAAUCAUGACCCAUAUUCUCCUUCUUCUCCAACAAGCCCCUCAGUCAUAAUAAUAAAAUAAAACAGAGACAAACAUUAGAUAAAGUGCAUGCUUGUGUGCUGCUGCUGCUUGCUCGCCCCAAGCAGCAGUCAAGACAACACCAGCUUCGCUUCUCCCUCAAGCCAAAUCCACUUCAAAUCUUGGUUGCUCAUAUGCAGUUCCGCCAUUAAAACCUUCACAGGUGAUUUCCCUUCUUCUCACUUCUCACGGAAAAGCAAUCCCUACUUUCCAAAACCCACUCCAUAAAUCCACCCAUUUCCUGACUGUUCUUCCCAUUCAAUCCCAAUGGCCAACUCCCACAGAGCUCCCCUUCUAUGUUCUUUCAUGCUUUUCUGUAUGCUGCAUUGUAAUUUCAACUUCCACGCAUCCGCAAUGCUGGAUCCGCUCGACUUCUUAGCGCUCCAAUCCAUCAAGAAGGCUUUGAAAGACAUGCCAGGCUCUAAUUUCUUCGCCUCCUGGGAUUUCACUUCCGAUCCCUGUAAUUUCGCCGGCGUUUCCUGCCAAUCCAACCACGUCGUAACCCUAAAUCUCGGAGACCCCAGGGCUGGUUCGCCUGGUCUAAUCGGUCGGUUAGACCUCUCAAUCGGUAAGCUCUAUGCGUUAACCGAGUUCUCCGUGGUUCCUGGUCGGAUCUACGGCUCUCUUCCCGCAACACUCUCCCAAUUGAGGAACCUGCGUUUUCUCGCCGUCAGCCGUAACCUAAUCUCCGGUCAAAUCCCUGCCGGUCUCGGCAGCCUCCGCAAGCUUAGAACGCUGGACCUUAGCUACAAUCAACUGACCGGACAAAUCCCUCGCCCUAUCGGAACGCUACCGGCAUUGUCCAACCUCAUUCUCUGCCACAACCGUCUCACCGGCCCCCUUCCUUUCUUCCUCUCCCGAACCCUAACUCGUCUCGACUUGAAGCAUAACGCGCUCUCCGGUUGGCUCGGUGCAAACUCCCUCCCUCCUUCCCUCCAAUAUCUCUCCCUCUCUUGGAACCGUCUCAGUGGUCCCGUAGACCGCCUCCUGAUCCGGCUCGAUCAGUUGAACUAUCUCGACCUGAGUUUGAACCAGUUCACCGGGAAAAUCCCCGGCCGGCUAUUUACAUUCCCGAUCACCUCCCUCCAGUUGCAACGGAACCUCUUCUCCGGGCAUGUGGAGCCGGUGAGUCGUGUUUCAAUCACCACCGUGGAUCUGAGUUACAACAAGCUAUCCGGGCCGAUAUCGCCGUUCUUGUCUAGCGUACAGAAUGUGUACCUGAAUAACAACGAGUUCAGUGGUCGGGUACCGGCUUGCUUCGUGCAACGCCUCCUCUCGGCGAGUAUACAGAUACUGUAUUUACAGCAUAAUUAUCUGACGGGUAUAGAGAUGAAUCCGACGGCUGAGAUUCCUUUGAGUAGUUCGCUGUGCUUGCAAUACAACUGUAUGGUGCCACCCGUACAGACCCCAUGCCCGUUGAAGGCUGGAAAGCAGAAGACCAGGCCUCGACAGCAGUGUAACCAGUGGAGAGGCUAGUCCGUCCUCACACGUGUCGUCCAACCAAUUUUGCGUUUUUUUUUUUUUUUUUUUUGUGGUCCUUGUGGGUCCCAGAUGGAUGAAAUAGUAUAAAAAUAAUCCCAACAUAUUUGUAAUAUUAAUAUCGUUACAUGUGAGCCCAAAAAGUCCCAAAUCAGUAAUGCAGGCUUCUCCUUCUACUCUGAUUCGGAACUCAUUACUUCAUAAUGUUGGUCUUUAGCUGCUUAAAUCCAUUAUAAAGUUUGAACA